UUUUUUUUUUUUUGAGAUGGAGUCUCGCUCUGUUGCCCAGCCUGGAGUGCAGUGGCGCAAUCUCGGCUCACUGCAAGCUCCGCCUCCCGGGUUUACGCCAUUCUCCUGCCUCAGCCUCCCGAGUAGCUGGGACUACAGGCGCACGCCACCUCACCCGGCUAGUUUUUGUAUUUUUUAGUAGAGCCGUGUUAGCCAGGAUGGUCUCGAUCUCCUGACCUCGUGAUCCGCCCGUCUCGGCCUCCCAAAGUGCUGGGAUUACAGGCUUGAGCCACCGCGCCCGGCCAACAUGACUCAUUUCAAGCAUGUCAUCCAUUCUCUUUCAAUGUCAGUAUUUUAUCUUGACUUGGAGACAGAAGUGAGAACUAAAGGAGCUGAAUCUAUUGUAAUGUUUGCACUUUUGUUUUUUCUUCAGAAGCAUGAUGAUGAUCCAGUGGAAAGCCCCCGUAACGUCUGUAUUGCUUCUGCUGGCGGCUUUACUCUGUAAUCUGCAAAAGUAAGGUAAACUCAAAGGGCACAGACCAUCAUCUGGAUAAUGAAAACUGGAGCACACAGAGAUGCCCCACUGGCCUGGUCACAGCUCUGGGUUUACAAUGCAGAAGAGACACUAUUACCAUCUUCUAAAAAUACACUAUUAUCUUUUUUUUUUUUUGAGACGGAGUCUUGCUCUGUCGCCCAGGCUGGAGUGCAGUGGCACGAUCUUGGCUCACCACAACCUCUGCCUCCUGGGUUCAUGCCAUUCUCCUGCCUCAGCCUCCCGAGUAGCUGGGACUACAGGCUCCCGCCACCACGCCAGGCUAAUUUUUUGUAUUUUUAGUAGAGACGGGGUUUCACCGUGUUAGCCAGGAUGGUCUCGAUCUCCUGACCUCGUGAUCUGCCCGCCUCGGCCUCCCAAAGUGCUGAGAUUACAGGCGUGAGCCACCGCACCCGGCCCACUAGUACCAUCUUUUAAAAAGUUUUUUACAAAGUCUUUUCCUUUGGCCAUUCACCACCAGCUUACUUAAUUUUUUUUUUUUUUUUGCACAUUACUUUCCACACAAGUUUUACUUUGUGGCCACAAUGUGCAUACUUUAUUUGAAUGUUACUUUCAUGACAUAGCAAAUUGUUUCUAUAGUUUUUAUAAAGGUCAUUUAAAAUGACAUGCGCAGUAAGUCAAAGUCUUCCUGUGCUAGGAAAUUUGAAAAAACAAAAGUGUAGAGAAAAAUACAAAAAUUACUGAAUCUGAACAUCUACAGAGAAGUGUUAGCAUCUGGUCUGUUUCCUUCCAAUCACAGACAGAUCAUAUCUAAUGGGUAAAGAACCUUCCAUACUGUCAACAGACCACACUGUCUUCUAAAAUCAAUUCACCAGUGCGGAUCCUCUGGAAUAGAUCUUGUGAGUCCCGAGGUGGUACUUUCCUCCCAGCGGCGAGCUAUGAGAAGUGGAAUCACCAGAGGUAGUCAUUCCGUAGACAGAACUGCCGCCUCCCUGCGUGGCUGCGAUGCUGACCUGGGUGGCAGGCCGGGGGCGCCGGAACCCAGCACGCACACUAAGUCGGUCCGAGCUCCGCUCUGCUCCUGUAAGAUACUAACAACCUGAGGUAGCUGUCCAGACUCAAGGCGGUAUUGAUUUUGUGUGUCUGCGUAUUUAUCGCGGGGUCCGCAGCGGGACCGCAGGGGCUGUGUCCGACGUCCCCAGACCUCCAGCAGGGUCCGGAGCGAUGAACAUCUUCCAUCAACCUCACCUCCGGGCGCUCGGUCACUGGUUCUUACUUCAGCCCUCUUAGCCCCAUAGGUCGGCGCGUCGAAAACCCUUCUGGCACCCGGUGGUCUUUCCUAAGAAAAAGGCACAUCUCUCGCACAUUUAACUCUCCGUCCGGUCUUUAACUUCAGGCGCGCCAGGACCCGAGGUUCUUCCGAGCGGCAGCUCCGCUCCCGAGCCGGGCACUUCCCAGAGCAUUGGCGCGGCCUCCGGGCGCGGGGGACAGCCGGGCGCCGCGCGCGGGCCGAGGACAGCCGGGCUGGGGAGGCCCUGCCCGCCGCCCCGCGUUCUCCCGGCCACGGCCACCCCGCGCAUCCGGAGCUGCCGCAGACCCGGCCGGGCCCAGAGCCCCACGCCCCCGGCCCGCCCCUAGCGGCCGCUUGUUUACUCCCCGGCGCAGCCUAGUCCGACCCUGGGGCCCGCCCCUGCCCACCGCCUAUUGGCCGAGGAAGCGCGAAGACCGGCAACGAUUGGCCCGGGGAGGCGCGGGGCGAGCGGGGUAGGCUGCGCGAGAGGCCGAGAGGGGGCGGCAGGCGAUGGCGGCGGCGGCAGCGGCGGCGGGUGUGUUAGGCUGGUUGUUCGCCGCGCUCUGCCUGGGCAACGCCGCGGGGGACGCCGCGCCGGGCCCGCGAGUGCUGGGCUUCUGUCUGGAGGAGGAUGGAGCGGCGGGCGCGGGGUGGGUACGCGGAGGGGCGGCGCGGGACACGCCGGACGCCACCUUCCUCCUGCGCCUCUUCGGCCCGGGCUUCGCCAACAGCUCUUGGUCCUGGGUGGCCCCCGAGGGGGCGGGCUGCCGGGAGGAGGCGGCCGCCCCCGCGGGCGAGUGGCGCGCGCUGCUGCGCUUGCGCCUGCGGGCCGAGGCCGUGCGCCCGCACUCGGCGCUGCUGGCGGUGCGCGUGGAGCCGGGUGGCGGGGCGGCCGAGGAGGCGGCGCCUCCCUGGGCUCUGGGCCUGGGGGCGGCCGGGCUGCUGGCGCUGGCAGCGUUGGCGCGCGGCCUGCAGCUGAGCGCGCUGGCGCUGGCGCCGGCGGAGGUGCAGGUGCUGCGCGAGAGCGGCUCGGAGGCGGAGCGUGCGGCGGCGCGGCGUUUGGAGCCCGCGAGGCGCUGGGCCGGCUGCGCCUUGGGCGCGCUGCUGCUGCUGGCCAGCCUGGCGCAGGCGGCGCUGGCGGUGCUGCUGUACCGCGCGGCCGGCCAGCGUGCGGUGCCUGCUGUGCUGGGCAGCGCGGGGCUCGUGUUCCUGGUGGGGGAGGUGGUGCCGGCCGCCGUGAGCGGUCGCUGGACGCUGGUGCUGGCGCCGCGCGCGCUCGGCCUCAGCCGCCUGGCCGUCCUGCUCACUCUGCCCGUGGCGCUGCCCGUGGGGCAGCUGCUGGAGCUGGCAGCGCGGCCCGGGCGGCUGCGGGAACGGGUGCUGGAGCUGGCGCGCGGCGGCGGCGACCCCUACAGCGAUCUCAGCAAGGGCGUGCUGCGCUGCCGGACCGUGGAGGACGUGCUCACGCCCCUCGAAGACUGCUUCAUGCUGGACGCCAGCACCGUGCUGGACUUCGGCGUCCUGGCCAGCAUCAUGCAGAGCGGCCACACGCGCAUCCCCGUGUACGAGGAGGAGCGCUCCAACAUCGUGGACAUGCUCUACCUCAAGGACUUGGCCUUCGUGGAUCCUGAAGACUGCACGCCGCUCAGCACCAUCACUCGUUUCUACAACCAUCCGCUCCACUUCGUCUUCAACGACACCAAGCUGGACGCUGUCCUGGAGGAGUUCAAGCGAGGGAAGUCCCACCUGGCCAUCGUGCAGAAGGUGAACAACGAGGGUGAGGGCGACCCCUUCUACGAGGUCCUGGGCCUGGUCACCCUGGAGGACGUAAUCGAGGAGAUCAUCAGGUCCGAGAUCCUGGACGAGUCUGAAGACUACCGUGAGUCCAGACUCUUGGCAGUUACGUCUCCGCUGGGCCCGCGCACUUCCCCAGGUGUAUGUUGCGUCCGAGGAGACACUGUGGUGAGGAGGAAGCCUGCUUCUCUGAUGGCCCCUCUCAAGCGGAAGGAGGAGUUCUCCUUGUUCAAGGGGUCUGAUGAUGAAUAUAAAGUAAAAAUCUCGCCUCAGCUGCUCUUGGCCACCCAGCGCUUCCUGUCCCGAGAAGUGGAUGUGUUCAGCCCACUGCGCGUCUCGGAGAAGGUCCUGCUGCACCUGCUGAAGCAUCCCAGCGUCAACCAGGAAGUGAGGUUUGACGAGAGCAACCGCCUGGCCGCGCACCACUACCUCUACCAGCGCAGCCAGCCGGUGGAUUACUUCAUUCUCAUCCUGCAGGGCAGGGUUGAAGUGGAGAUCGGGAAGGAGGGUCUGAAGUUCGAGAAUGGGGCCUUCACGUACUAUGGAGUGUCGGCGCUAACCGUGCCAUCCUCAGUUCACCAGUCCCCGGUGUCCUCGCUCCAGCCCAUCCGCCAUGACCUGCAGCCCGACCCAGGUGACGGCACGCGUUCAUCUGCGUAUUGUCCCGACUACACCGUGAGGGCGCUCUCUGACCUGCAGCUCAUCAAGGUUACGCGGCUGCAGUACCUCAACGCACUCCUGGCUACCCGAGCUCAGAACCUGCCACAGUCCCCUGAGAACACCGACCUGCAGGUUAUGCCAGGCAGCCAGACCAGGCUCCUUGGUGAGAAGACCACCACAGCGGCAGCCUUCCCAGUAGACCUUUCCCUCUUUGGCACAGUUGGAAACUGCAGUUGAUAAAUGACUGUGGACUAGUGCGCGUUUUUUGUUUUCAGAGCACACCCAAGGUAAAUAUCUUCCCUCUCCCUGCCCCUUCGCUUUCCUCUCCUGGCCCUUCAGCUGUGGGAGGAGCAGAGCCCUCGGCUCUCCAGGCUGGGGGCCUUUUUUCUCCAGGGGUGCGGGGUGGGCGCUCCCUUCCAUCCUUCUGGAAGACAGGAGGGGUCACGAGACUCUUCCACUGUGGAAAAUGGUGCUUCCUUCCAGCACGGGGUGCUGUAUUGUCCCGGGAAGGUGCCUCUUGUUCAGUAUAAUGACCUGGGACCCCCUGGGGCCAGAAAUCCACAGCCCCAGCUUCCCCCAUGUCCCAGGGAAGGCAUCUGUUGGCUGACCAUCUGCUAACCGAUCGCUCCUGGCUCUGCUCUGAUACCUCCCAAGGCCUCCUGAAGCCCCCGUCUUAGCUGCCCCUUCCUGUCCCACAGAGGAUUUGGCACUUGGUUUUGACAGGUCCCUUUACCAGCUUUGAUGUGAAUUUUCCUUCCCUUGUCUUCUGUAGGGUCCAGCCACAGCAGGCCCGGCAUCCCGGUGGAAGGCAGCCCCGGGCGGAACCCAGGUGUCUAACUGCUCACUAGGCAGCCCCAGAUCUGGGGAACAGAUGAGCACGUGGGGAGCUGGAGUGAGCUGAGCAGAAGCUUCGUGCCCGCCUGCCCCCAUCCCCUCCAGGCCACGUUUUAGAUGGCCCUUGUAGAUGCGGGUCCUGGGUGUCCUCAGAACUAGACAUCAGUGCCUGGAUCCUUCAGCCGGUCCUGCCCUCCUUUAGGAGACAGGAGUCACCAGGGCACAGCCCUCCAGGCCCGCGUCAGGAAGGAACGAAAGGAAUGCCAUCAUCUCUAGUCCCCAGGGCCCAGCCUUCCCCUUCUCCCCCGAGGCUGGGACCGUGUGGCGUAUUCAGAUUCAGACCUCUUCGGGCCGAGCCACCUUGUGAGUGCAGUUACUGCCUUUAUGUGGCCGUGACCUGUACUCGUUUGCUUUUAAUUUGCCAACCUAUCGCUGCUGGCAGCACUUUUCGAGCAGGCCAAGUGCACCCAUUUUGGCUGGGGGUUCAAAUCGAUGGCCUUGUCCAUGGCGUCCUUUCUGGCUUCCCUAACGGUGUCAUGUUUCAGAGCAUGUGCCCCAGCCUUUCCCAUGUGCCAAACCAGAAGCUCCACUGCCCGGAGGCUGUCCCUGUAGCCCUGCACCCUCCCUGGAGGCUGCUCUUCUGAUCCUGAGAGCUGGCCUAGUGGUGCUGAGGGCUCCUUUCUGCUUCUCUGCCCACCUGCUGAGUUGCCACUCACAGCGUUGUCAGUUCCUGUGUUCUGAGAAGAGGUCACGCCUGGGAGGAAGGGAUCGUCAUGCUGCAUCGAAUCCUCUCUGCGCUGUGUGGCCCCGGGAGCGUAGCUGCCUGUUGCACCUGCUCCACACCUCUCCACGGCCUCCCUGCAGGUGCUGUGUGGUGUGAUGUGCAGAGAGCAGCGAGGGAGGCUUUAGGAACCAGGUGGAUCCUCUUUACAAAAAAAAAUCAGUUUUUAUUAUAUCUCUAGAACAUUUCAAGUCUUUUCGUUUUUUUCUGUUCCCAGCUGUGGGGUUUUAGAGAAGUGGGAACUGGAAGGCGUUUGUCUUUUUCUUCUAAUUUACUACAUUUUCCUUCCGUAGUUCUUCAGCUGUGUGGAAAUGGGCAUCACAAGGACACAGGAUCAUAGAUUGGGUAGGGAGGGAGGAGGAUUUCUGGAACUUUUCUCAAAGGAAUUUGGACCCUUAAAAAUGGGACUGAAGGUCAAAAGAACAGUGGUAUGCUUGCUUAGAAAUUGUCCUCAAGGAAUCAACUGUGAGAGCAAGCCCGGUUUGGAAACAGAUGCAUUAAAAUCCUGUCUCCAGAACAGUA